CAGAGUGGAGCCUUGCACUGUUUUUACCUGCAGCGUUCAUUAUCCCACUUUGUGGCCGGGAAUAAAAAACCUCUGAAUUUUCAGAACUUUAGCUUUUUUUUUUUGGUACCUCAGUGGACUACUAUCAAAAAUGCCACAGCUAUGGUUAGUGCUCAUUUUGUUGAGUGGCACAUUUUUAUCUGGACACAGCUUGCCACAUGAUGAAGAAGGAGGGCUGGAACCCAAAUCACUUAAACAUGAAGAAACAGCAACCAAAGAAACUGGGAUUGAUACCAGGAUGAAAUUAUCAGAUUCUGACCUAUCUCCCCUUGAAGGUGAUGGAAGAGGAGACAAUCACGUCCUGAUGAUGACAGAAGAGCAGAACCAGGAACUCCUCAAGGCUGAUAGACAAAGGAGAGACGCCUGGUGGAAGAGGAAACAUGCUGCCAAAGUGGACUCCUUUGCAUAUAGAAUAGCAGGUUUAGGGCGACGCCUGGUGGGCUGGAGGAUGAGCAAAAAAGGAGAGGAGGAGAGCAGCACGCUAAUGGCUGUACUGAAGGCGUUUCAUGAUGAGAAGAGGCAGCUAAUGGAUCAAGAGAAAGCACACGGGAAACAGGAGGAGGAAGAGGAAGAGGAAGAUGACGACGACGAUGAUGAUGACGACGAUGAUGACGACGACGACGACGAGGAGGAGGAAGAUGAAGAAGAGGAAGAGGAGGAAGAGGAAGGAGAGGAAGGCAACGAGGAAGGGGAGGAGGAGGAGGAGGAGGAAGAGGGAGAAGAAGAAGAGGCAACUGAAGCUCCUGGCAAUCAGAGCGAAACCACAAGCAUCUCGCCGGAGUCUCCCGUGGGUCAGUGCCAGACUGACAACACUGAAAUCAACUGCAGGGAUGUGGGCAUGGCUCACCUGCCAAUCAUCCACAACCUGGAGGUCACCAAGCUGGACGUGGGAGACAACAACAUCAGAGUCAUUCCUCCAGACAUUUUCUCCGGUCUGCCAAAGCUGGAAUCCCUGGACCUGAGCAAAAACCAACUGGACGAUGAUUCAUUCAGCCAAAAACCGCUGUCUAACUUGACCUCUCUGAAAAAGCUGAAUUUAGAUGGCAACCGGCUCACAGUGAUCCCCGCACUGCCGCCGGCUCUUGAAGAACUUAGUGUGAACAACAACAAGCUAGGCACCCUGUUCCCUCAAUGCUUCGCAGGGUUGGCGAACCUGAUGAAACUGGAGCUGGAAGGCAACGGUCUGCAUGAGGGUGGCGUGUCACUCGGAGCGUUUAAACCGCUCAAGGGACUUCGUCACCUCACACUGGAGAACAACCGCUUUCGCUCUCUCCCUCGGGGCCUUCCCCGUUCUCUGCAGACUUUAGAUAUGGAUGAAAAUCUGAUCGAAGCGCUGACAGAAGAGGCACUCAGGGGCUGCAGUAAUUUGAAAACGUUGGACCUGAGUCAUAACCUUCUGCGUGAAGACGGCCUUGCACAACAUGUCUGGAGCCGCCUUCAGAGACUUGAAGUCUUGGACCUGUCCCACAACCAGCUAACGUCGAUGGCCAUGAAUCUUCCUCGCCGUCUCCUCAAACUGAAGCUCCAAAAUAACAACAUCAGCCACAUCCCCGCUCAGGUUUUCCGCCACCUGCGGCCUGGCUUACGCUCCCUUGAUCUGUCUCACAACGCCUUGACGGACGAGGGCGUCGAUCAGGGCUCUUUUGUCGGAACGUUCCGUUCGCUCGUUGAGCUCCUGUUGGACGACAACUACCUGGGGGAGGUCCCUCGUUGGGUUCGACAGUUUAAGAACCUGCAAGUGCUGAGGCUGGACAACAACUAUAUCAGGCUGGUGAAGCGCUGGGGAGUGUGUCACCCCAGGAAUUCUGGCUCCACCUUAGCGUCAGUCCACUUAGAAAAUAACCUGUUGGCAGUGGACAAGAUUCCCUCGAAUGCCUUCGCUUGUCUCACAGAUGCUCAAGGACUUGUCAUUUAUCCUCAACGAGGAGAUUUGCCGGAAAUUCAGACGUAAACAUGAUCUCGUUAGAUUUUGGCAAAGUUUUGCAUUCAUCUCAAUACACUACACAAACAUGCUACAGUUGUGAUGCACUGAAGAAGCUAAUCGCAGCAUAUGAAGUAUGUAUGUAUGAAGUCCGACUCAAUUCAUAUGUUUCUCAGCUGAACUCUUGUCUUUUCAAUUAUUUACAUUAACAUACAGGAAAGCCAGAUUUUGUAUUUUGCUUUCACUACCAUUGAGAAACUUUUACAUUUACCUUUUCCUUCAUUAAAUUC